AUGGAGCUGAAUGAUGGAAACCUUCAGACCCUCACAGAAUUUAUGCGCAAAACUCUGGACCCGGAUCCAUCCGUCAGACGUCCAGGUAUGGGAGCUCAGAGUAGAAUGCAUCUUCAUUUAAAACACUCAUGCACUGAUCAGUCAUAGUAUAAAUGUACAUACUUUGGGCAUUAUGUACAAUUUCCCAGUGCUUGACUGGAAUGUUCUUAUUUCCCUAAUUUCUUCCAGCUGAAAAGUUUCUUGAGUCAGUUGAAGGGAACCAUAACUACCCAAUAUUGCUGCUUACAUUGUUGGAGAAAUCCCAAGACAACGUGAUCCGUGUGUGUGCAGCUGUCACCUUCAAAAACUACAUCAAGAGGAACUGGCGCAUAGUAAGUUAGUGGUUGCCUGAAUAUUUAAACAAAUCAAAGUGUUAUGAGUUGUGCAAGUAUUGUUGGCCCAACGUUGGCAUGACACGUCUUACUUUGUAUCCUAAUGUUGCUUUCAGAUUGAAGAUGAACCAAACAAAAUCUCAGAUCCCGACCGAACCACUAUCAAGGCCAACAUUGUAAAUUUGAUGUUGAGCAGCCCUGAACAAAUUCAGAAACAGGUAUGUCUGCACAAGAGGCAAUACCUGUUACCUGCUCGUCUACUGUACAUCAAAGUCAGUGAGCUGGUGCUGGUUUGAAGUACUUUCAUAGGAGGUUCUUGGAAUCCAUCUACAUGAGUUCACAAUCCUUUAGGAUAAUCCCUGUACACAAUAAAAAAGGGCGAUUUGUAGAGAUGGAUUAGUUUUACUGUAGUGUUUACUGUUCUUCUACAGUUGAGUGAUGCCAUCAGCAUCAUCGGCAGAGAGGACUUCCCUAUGAAGUGGCCGGACCUCUUGACAGAGAUGGUGACCCGCUUCCAGAGCGGAGACUUCCACAUCAUCAACGGAGUGCUCCGAACCGCACACUCACUUUUCAAGAGGUAAACCACCAUGGGCAUAACACUUGGUCCUCUAAUGAUAGGUGUCAUAGUGAAUUAUGUCUUUGUGGUUAGUUUUUAAAGAUGUUCACACUGAUCAUCUGUUUACCCAGGUAUCGACAUGAGUUUAAGUCGAACGAGCUGUGGCUGGAGAUUAAACUGGUGUUGGACACGUUUGCGAAUCCGCUGACUGAACUCUUCAAGGUUAUUGUUUACAGAGUUAAUCAACUCUAACAAUUGAAAUGUAUUUCAAGUAAAAACAACAUAGUUCUUGAAAUUGGUGCUGCCCAUCGCUUGCUUUUAGUUUGUAGGACCUGCUAUUCAUGUCUAUUGUUUCUGUCAGGCCACCAUUGAGCUGUGUCAGACCCAUGCGAUGGACAUCAACGCUUUGAAGAUCCUCUUCUCGUCCCUUACUCUGAUUUCAAAGCUCUUCUACAGUCUCAACUUCCAGGUGCGCCCCCCACCUACCUAUGAUCUGCUUCAUGCCCACAAGGACAUGCUGCAUUUUAAUGUGCUGCUUUUUCACUGGAGUAAAAAGUAAUCUUAUUCUUCCAUCUUUCUCUGCUUUCACAGGACCUUCCUGAGUUUUUUGAGGACAACAUGGAGACCUGGAUGUCUAAUUUCCAUAACUUGUUGACCUUGGAUAACAAGCUACUACAAACAGAUGUGGGUGGACUUGGUGAUUUUAUAAGCACUUUCACUGUAAGAUGUUCAAGUUGUUAAUGCAUCAGUUGAUUCAACCUUUGAUAAUCUUGUAUUUUCCACCCAACAGGAUGAAGAGGAGGCAGGUCUUCUGGAGCUGCUAAAAUCUCAGAUCUGUGACAACGCUGCUCUUUACGCCCAGAAGUACGAUGAAGAGUUCCAGCCUUACCUGCCUCGGUUUGUCACCGCUAUCUGGAACCUGCUGGUCUCCACUGGCCAGGAGGUCAAGUAUGACCUGGUGAGACUGCUGAUGAUAAAUUCAUGUACCUUAUCAAUAGAUCAUGUGGACCGCCUGCUAACACCUUUGCUCCUUUUUGGUUUGUGACAUAGCUUGUGAGCAAUGCUAUUCAGUUUCUGGCAUCUGUGUGUGAAAGGCCCCACUACAAACAUCUGUUUGAGGACCAGAACACACUCACCAGCAUCUGUGAGAAGGUCAUUGUGCCCAACAUGGAGUUCAGAAGUGAGUCGAGACUGAAAUGGUAUCUUGGGGAUGAAUGGGUACAUGACCAUAUUGUUUCUGCUCUGCCAUUGUACUUUAACGGCAGCGAUCUGCAUAAUGGUCUCUGAUACCGAUGCAUAGAUUUCUCUGGUUCCAGGUGCUGAUGAGGAGGCCUUUGAAGAUAACUCUGAAGAAUACAUCCGAAGAGAUCUUGAAGGAUCAGGUAAUAACCCAACCAUUUAAAACUCAUCAAUGAGACAAAUUGAGCUGGAGGAUUGUUUAAGCAUACGGUUGUUGACCCCCUCUGUUCUGUGUCCUCCCUGCAGACAUAGACACUCGGCGCAGGGCUGCCUGUGACUUGGUGAGAGGCCUGUGUAAGUUCUUUGAGGGCCCGGUCACAGCCAUCUUCUCUGGCUAUGUGAACUCCAUGCUUGGGGAGUAUGCCAAGAACCCAGGCGUAAACUGGAAGCACAAAGACGCUGCCAUCUACCUGGUCACUUCUCUGGCCUCUAAAGCCCAGACAGCAAAGGUAUGGUGAUAAUUCCUUUCGUAUUUGGGUGUGUGUAACAUUGCUGGAUUAUAAAAAUUAUUGCAGUAGACAUUGAGCAACUGACAUUGAGUCAUGUAAAAUGUGUCUUUUUAAGCAUGGUAUCACGCAAGCUAACGAGUUGGUGAACCUCACAGAAUUCUUUGUGAACCACAUUCUCACAGACCUCAAAUCCCAAAAUGGUAAAUACAAAGUUUAACUGAUAAACAAAUGAUUAAUGAAUUCAUGAUCACAGCUGUGGAUUGCUUUAUAUCUGUACUUUUAUCAAACAUGUUUACUCUGUUCUAUUCUAGUCAAUGAGUUUCCAGUGUUGAAGGCUGAUGCCAUCAAAUACGUCAUGAUCUUCAGGAGUCAGGUUUGAUUUUGUUUUUAGGGUUUUUCUUUGAAAAUUCACUGUCAUGAGUUCAGCCCAUUUACUAAGGGUUGAAGUCAACACUUAGAGGGGCCUGUGAAUAACCAGUCCUCCUUUGUCCCCUCUUGCCUUCCAGCUGCCCAAAGAGCAGCUGCUGCAGGCUGUCCCUCUGCUGGUGGCCCACCUGCAGGCAGAGAGCACAGUGGAGCACACCUACGCUGCCCAUGCCCUGGAGAGACUCUUUACCAUGAGGGGCCCCAACAACUCCACACUGUGAGUAGUAACCCAGCUACAUAAAGAUAAUCAACUAUAGACUUAAUCUUAUCCAACACCACACAAUUUGUUUCAGUAUCACUCCUACAGAGAUGGCUCCCUUCACGGAACAGCUGCUCAACAACCUGUUCAAAGCCCUGGCUCUGCCUGGCUCCUCAGAGAACGAAUAUAUCAUGAAAGGUACGGGAGUUUGAGGGUUAACUGCUCUGCUAAUAACUUAUAUGGCUUUAAUGAUUAACUAUCCUUUUGCGGAUAGUAUAACUACCCUAGGAUAACUAUCCUUUUGUGGUGACAUGAGGUUGCGGAGGACCUCGUCACUUUCUUAAGGUUUUGUGGCCAAUAUUUUUUUUUUAGAGUGUACUGAUCCUUUUUUCCUACCCUGACAUCUCCUUCAUUCUCUUCCAGCCAUCAUGCGCAGUUUUUCCCUCCUGCAGGAGGCCAUUGUACCUUACAUCCCCACACUGAUUGGCCAGCUCACUCACAAGCUCCUUCUGGUCAGCAAGGUAGGUCACACCCUCAUCUCUUGUCUGUGCUGCGGUGGAUACAUACACACAUGAGCUGACUUGCAUUGUGGCCAAGUGGCAGCUGUAUUUACCUGUAUCAUUAUUUCUUUCAGAACCCCAGCAAGCCUCACUUUAACCACUACCUGUUUGAGUCCCUGUGCCUGUCUAUCCGGAUCACCUGCAAGGCCAACCCAACCACUGUGGGCAGCUUCGAGGAGGCCCUUUUCCCAGUCUUCACUGAGAUCCUACAGAAUGACGUACAGGGUAUGUGGCUUUAUCCUAGAAAGCAGCAGGUUACAGCAGUCCUUGUUAAGCAUAAGAUGCCCAUCUUACUAGAACAGGCCUAGGAAAGUGAGUGGAAGGUGAAUGUCCUUGAUUUUGAUUUAUUAGGAUCCCAAUUAGCCGAUGCCAAUGGCGACAGCUAGUCUUACGGGGGUCCGACACAUAACGAAAAAUACAUUACAGACAAAAUACUUUAAAAUGUACAUACAUUUCAAAACAUUGACAUGUAGUGUGUGUGUGCAUCUAUCAGUUACAUAUAUAUGUCAGUACAUACACACAAGUAGGUCACAUGGGGGAGAGGUGUUGUGCCUUGAGGUGUUGCUAUAUUUGUUUUUUGAAACCAGGUAUGGUAACUAGGUCUUUCUUUGCAGCACUUGACCAUAUGACUGGACAAUAAUCAAGAUAAGAUAAAACUAGAGCCUGCAGGACUUGCAUUGUGUUGUUAAAAAAGCAGAGCAUAUCUUUAUUACGUACAGACCUCUCCCCAUCUUUACAACCAUUGAAUCUAUAUGUUUUGACCAUGACAGUUUACAAUCUAAGGUAACACCAAGUAAUUUAGUCUCCUCAACUUGUUCAACAGCCACACAAUUCAUUACCACAUUCAGCUGAGGUCUACAACUUAGGGAAUGAUUUGUACCAAAUACAAUGUUCUUAGUUUUAGAGAUGUUCAGGACCAUUUUAUUACUGGCCACCUAUUUGAAAAGACUGCAACUAUUUAAGGGUUUCAGUGACUUCAUUAGUUGUGGUUGCUGAUGCGUAUAUGGUUGAAUCAUCAGAAUACAUGGACACGCAUGCCUUCUUUAAUGCCAGGGGCAGGUCAUUGGUAAAAAUAGAAAUGAGUAGAGGGCCUAGAGAGCUGCCCUGCGGUACACCACACUUGACAUGUUUGACAUUAGAGAAGCUUCCAUUAAAGAAAACCCUUUGAGUUCUAUUAGAUAGAUAGCUCUGAAUCCACGAUAUGGCAGCGGUUGAAAAGCCAUACCGCAUAUGUUUUCUCAACCGGUUAUGGUCAAUAAUAUCAAAGGCUUCACUGAAAUCUAACAUUACAGCUACCACAAUCUUCUUAUUAUCAAUUUCCUUCAACCAAUCAUCAGUAAUUUGUCAGUGCAGUACAUGUUGAGUGCCCUUCUCUAUAAGCAUGCUAAAAGUCUGUUGCUAUAUCUCUGUAAACAAAUUAACAUUGGAUUUGGUCAAACACCAUCUUUUCCAACAGUUUGCUAAGAGCUGGCAGCAAGUUGAUAGAUCUGCUGUUAGAACCAGUAAAGGCCGCUUUACCUCCAGGCCUGAGGACAAAGACAUUCCUCUAGGCUCAGAUUAAAGAUAUGACAGAUAGGUGUGGCUAUAGGUAAGAGUGGCCAUCCUCAGGUGUUUUUCAUCUAAGCGGUCAAUGCCAGGAGGUUUGUCAUUAUUGAUCGAUAACAAUAAUUUUUCCACCUCUCCCACACUAACUUUACAAAAUUCAAAUUUGCAAUGCUUUUCUUUCAUUAUUAGUUUUUUUAUGCAUGAGUAUGAUGGCUCACUGUUCGUUGUUGGCAUUUCCUGCCUAAGUUUGCCCACUUUCCCAAUGAAGUAACCAUUAAAAUAAUUGGCAACAUCAAAUGGUUUUGUGAUGAAUAAGCCAUCUGAGUUGAAUUUCUGCCCAUAAUUUCAUUUAAAGUACUAAAGUUUUUUUCCCAUCAUUCUUUAUAUCAUUGAUCGUGGCUUCAUAAUAGUUUUUUUUUUUUGUUCAGUUUAGUCACAUCAUUUCUCAAUUUGCAGUGAGCCAGCCAGUCAGAUGUGCAGCCAGACUUAUUAGCCACUCCUUUUGCCCCAUCUCUUUCAACCAUACAGUUUUUCAAUUCCUCAUCAAUCCAUGGAGUAGUCAGUUUCUUAACAGGUGCAUGUUUAUCAAUAAUUGGAAGAAGCAAUUUCAUAAAUUCAUCACGUGCAGCAUCUGGAUGCUCCUUAUUAAUCACAUCAGACCAACAAAUAUUUUUAACAUCCAAGAGUCACAGCAAAAUCUUUUGUAUGAUCUCUUAUACACUAUUAUAGUGUGUAAGAUAUGAGAGGCUUGGCUCUCUCAUCCCUUCCAGGCCUUUGGGAGGGCGGGUGGACAAUGAACCAGUCAUAGCGGAUGUAAACAAUGUCCCCACAUGCUCUGGCAGCUUUCAUGGCUGGGAUAAGUUAUUUCCUUUUCUGGCACACAGCUUGAGGAUAGUCCUCAUUGAGGAAGAUUAUACUGUACGUUCCUCAAGUUCUUGGCUCUUUCCAGAACAGCUACCUUGUUCCUGUCACCUGGCCGGUGGUGGGUUUUCCAGUCCUGUGGGCACACUCCACCUCAAUCUUCCUGUGGUCCAUCUUCACUUCCUCCGAGAUCAUUUCCCUCACUUUUUCGUCAGACUCCGUCCAGGUCUCGUGGAGAUUCUGCAAUUACGUCCACAGCAAUGUUCCGCCUUAAUUGUCCCUCGAGAAUCUGAUUUCUCCAUCAUUGUUAUCAUGGAUUCACAUACAGAACUGAUGUCCUCUCAAUGAGUUUCAUCUUGCUGUUCUUUUGUUUAAACUCAUCAAACUGACCCUGGGAGAACUGCAAACUGUUCUUCAGGUCCUGGACCUCUCUGGUCAGGUCCAUUAUUUUAUUAGUUGACUCCACCAGUAUUUGGACAAAACACUUGAAGCUAUUUUCUUGUAACAACUGCUUGUAGAACUAUUUUUGUUCGUUUAAAAAAAAUCCUUCACUUGUGAUAGACACCACUGUCCUCAAUGAUACUCCCGCCGGCUUUGGUCUUUGUCAUGGUAGCAACGUAGGUUACGCUGUUACUCCUCGCAGUUCCAGACAGGGCAGGUCGCAGGGAAGCUUGAAAACAGCGGGGAACUAGACAGCCACAAGCCUGGGACAAUCUGCGGUCCCAGCCACGGGCUGCGUUCAAGCCCUCAAGAAAACCCUGCUAGCUUGACACGCAGCUAGGCUAGCUACUACGCCAAACAGGUCCCAGCAACUGAUGCCAAACGUGUUUCGGGAUCCAAACUCAAAAGGUAGCUAACCAAACUUUUUCAAUAGACUUUCAAAACUUUCCAAAACAACAAACCGAGCUCUCCCUCGUUCAACAGGAAGUGGGGUGCUUCCAGGUUGAAACAAGGUUAAAACAAGCAUUACAACAUCACCUCUUCUGAAGGGGUUGUGGAGCCAUCCUCCGAAUUGCAUGUAUGCAAGCUUGUUGACGAGCUCAAAUGUUGGCAAACUACACAUUGCCCUUCUUACAUCAACUUUCCCCCUUCCUGUUGUUGCAGAGUUUGUGCCCUACGUGUUCCAAGUGAUGUCUCUGCUGCUGGAGAUCCACACCAGCUCCAUCCCCAACUCCUACAUGGCCCUGUUCCCCCACCUGCUGCAGCCCGUGCUGUGGGAACGCACUGGCAACAUCCCUCCUCUGGUGCGCCUGCUUCAGGCCUACCUGGAGAAGGGGGCUGCCACCAUAGCCAGCUCUGCCGCUGACAAAAUAGUGAGUAACAUCUGGGGGCAUGUUGGUGGUAAGGGGACUUUUACUGUAAUAAGAGGACUCUUACUUUACAUAAUAUUCUGUAACCUACCCAUUUUAGUUUAACUGAGGCAUGCAAUUGGUUAGUUGUGAUAAUCUGACGUUAAACUGCUCUCCCUGUUCAGCCUGGUCUGCUAGGAGUCUUCCAGAAGCUCAUUGCCUCCAAGGCCAAUGACCACCAAGGUUUCUACCUGAUGAACAGCAUCAUAGAGCACAUGCCCACGUGAGUCAACCACCUCCACCUGUCUAUCUGAUAACUGUAUCCUCACUGUAUUGUGUCGACUUUGUAUGUAAUUGACAUGGCAGUUGUAUCAUGAGUUGUCUCCCUAGCGCUCAUUCUCUCUCUCUCUCUCUCAGGGAGUCCAUUGUUCAGUACAGGAAACAGAUCUUCAUUCUGCUCUUCCAGAGACUGCAGAGCUCCAAAACGACCAAGUUCAUCAAGAGUGAGUACAGCUUAAAACUAAUGUUGACAUAAUUUUUUUUAAAGUACCAUUUGAAACUGAACCCACAUCCUCUUGGUCUUUGUCAUGCUAUCACAACAAAUGUGUCUGGUUGUAUUAGCCUAGUUUUAGAACAAACUCAGUAUGGUUCUGAUCUCUCCUCAAUGCUGCACAUUUUCAAAGGCCCUCUUUUCCAUAGGUUUCAUGGUGUUUAUCAAUCUGUAUGGUGUCAAGUAUGGAGCCAUUGCUCUGCAGGAGAUUUUUGACAGCAUACAGCCAAAGUAA